AAAUGGCCAAAUUGAGAUCGUCUGGCAGAUAGAAGCGGAUCGCGCCUUGUUUACCUACAGCGAUUGUACAGAAACCUCCCAGUCACGCAUCGGAAUUCUCUUGUAGCAAUACUUUUCACCAAUUCUGGGCCACCUCACCAUGGGUGACGCCACCAUACAUGUGGAUCCUCCGGCCGGAGACGACCAUGACGAAAGCGAAAUGGAAGAAGGGGAACUUUAUGAGCCUGUUUUUGUCGCACCCACCUCUAUACCUUUUACAAGUUACCCUGGUCUAUCACCCACCUCGCACCCACACAGCCCGCCAACACCAAAAUUUAGCCCUUCUCCCACAGAUCCACUGUACUUCCCCUGCACCCAGAACCCAUUAAACACGAAUCUCUCCAAGACAUAUGUGGGGACAUGCCCACUUGAGGAAUACGACAACCGUGAGAGAAUUGGCAAGGGUAGUUUUGGUGAAGUCACCAUUGCGACUCACAAAGAGACACAAAGAAAAGUAGCUUUGAAGAGAAUUAUUGUACAUAAAGAGAAGGAUGGGCUCCCAAUUACCGCGGUGCGGGAGAUCAAUAUUUUGAAAGGCCUUCGACACAAGUCUGUGAUCGAGCUUCUGGGAAUGGCAGUUGCGAAGGGCAAUCCAGACGAGUACGAACCAGCAACUAUCUACAUGAUAUUUCCCUAUAUGCACCAUGACCUUGUGGGCCUACUCGAAAAUCGGUAUGUCACAUUGGAACCAAAUCAAAUCAAAUCAUUUACCAAGCAGCUCCUCGAAGGGGUCGCCUAUCUGCAUCGGAACCAUUUUCUUCACCGAGAUUUGAAGAGUUCCAACAUCCUGAUCGACAACGAGGGGACCUUGAAGAUCGCGGAUUUCGGUCUCGCACGAUCUUACAACGCGGCAGAUAAAACAAUUGAGCUUACUCCCAAUGUCAUUACUUUGUGGUAUCGUCCGCCUGAGCUACUUCUAGGCCACAAAACCUACACAUCAGCGGUGGAUAUGUGGGGUGUCGGGUGUAUAUUUGCGGAAAUGUGGGAUAGAAAGGCCAUAUUCAAGGGGGAGACGGAACUAGACUUACUCGAUAAAAUACUGAGAGUGUGCGGGACCCCCGAUGCAAAAGCGUGGCCAGAGUUUACAAAACUCACUGCUUCGGCAAGCAUACGACCCAAGCAGGAGAGUAGAAAAAUACUAGAUAUCUACAAGCCGGAUCGCCUCGAUUUCCAGACAAUUGAUCUAUUGAACACCUUCCUAGUACUCAACCCCGCAAGGCGUCCAACAGCUGAAGCUGCACUCAAACAUGAAUACUUCCACGUUGAACCCGAAGCAGCGAAACCCAGUACACCCGACUUUCCAGGGUGGCCCGAGUCCCACGAAUUAGGCAUACGCGCCCAAAUCGACCAAGAACUCAGAGAGCUCGAUGUAUUGCAGAGACCAAUACCAUCGAUCCGACCACCAGCACACCACGAUGCGCUCAUCGUGGACGGUCAACCCGUGAGACGCCCACGUCUUCACGACGAUGCUGAAACACGACAAUAUAAUCGGCAUCGUGACGAUAAACGACCGGGGAGACGACAUGAUCACCGGCGCUUUGGACGCGGGCGAGGACGACCGGGGAACGAGCGGGGACGGGGCGGACGUGGAAAGUCGGCUCAUGAGGCAUCUGGCGAGCCAACCGGGGAGGGCUCAGUCAUAAUGAGAAUGAAGCAUCCGUUGCCACCCAAACCCGUACUCAGAGUACCGUUUUCGGAAUGAGGGUUCGCUGGGCGAUGCGAAUGGAAGUAGACACUGGACUGUACAUAUUUGUUGCAUUGCUGAUGCGUUGAAAAUAGCGGAUGUGGAUCUAGUUGCGGAACUGGGGACUGUGUCCCCGAGGUCACGAGCUCGUGCAUGACUCUUUAUGUCCAUCGAAUCCAAGAGCACUGGAGGAACGUUUUUCUAAACCAAUCCAGCCUGACGAUGCAUGUGGGCUAUACCAUUAUUGUUCAUGGACGUCGCCGAGCAAUAUAAUGAUGAUGCAAUUCUCCUUGUCAAAUGGGGCGGCACAUCAUAAACAGGUGAAAUCGACACGUGGGAUCAACAUCUGUCCCAACCCUUUGAACCGCCGAGGCGAAAGCUAUUUGUCCCUUGACAACCCGCAACGUGAUACGAGGAUGGAUUGAUAUCCAUGGGUAUUGGUACAUCUUUCUGGAUGCACGUAGAUAUUGUAUUUUAUAGUACAUAGUAAUUUAUGGACACUCUGUCAUUAGAACACGCACUGUUGUCAGAUGACUGGCGUUAUACUUUUCUGUACGGCCUAAUGGAUUAUUGCUGACAAA